CUGGAGGUUACCCCAUACAGCGCUGGUGGUCGCAUCAUCGCCCCUCGUCUGAAUUAUUGGGAUGUCCAGUGCCUGCGCAAGGAUACAGGAAGUUUGCCGCAGGUUUCCCCGGCCAAAACGAAACGAGAGCAAACGCGAGAUUAGACGGCGCUGUGGCGAUCCAGGGUCCGCCCUAGAGGAUCCGAGACAUUAACCCGUCAUGCUAAGCAACGACCCUACCUCGUCCUCCCCGCUCUCGUCCGAGUUGCACCUCCCGUCUCGCACUGUACCUGCUCGCGCGUUGCCACCAGACACAGCUGCCCUGAAUAAUGGAUACGUUUCCCCGCGGUCGCAACACGAGACAAGCACAUCAACGACGCGUCCUUCACCAUUAAGCCUGAACCCACCACCGCCGUCACGCUUAUCACUUCCACCGCUGUCAGAGUACCACAGUGGUUUUGCCAGUGAGGACUCUGGCUCGCCCUACAAUCCAGCAAACCAUCGCAGGCAGCAGUCCUUUCCAAAUCUGGUGCCGUUGGCCUUGAGGAGCAGGUCCCCAUCACCCACCAAGAAGACGGAACCUAGGCGGUCCUCGGAAUUCAUGCCGUACACCGGUGACGGAAGAAGCAGCGCGAGAGCGGCGGCAGAAGCACAACGCGGAGGAGGCGGGGGGUUCAUUAAAUGGCUGAGUGGCAGCAGUGGGACGGCGGACGCGCCACAGCCGUCCCUGCCUGCGGAUGCCCACACUACGCAAACGGCAUUGAAAGAUGCCGCAAUGCCAAACAGCACAACUCCCAAGACCACCAUGACAACGGCAUCCCGCCUCAUGUCGGUCGUGUCCUUGCGCUUUGGGCCUACGACGCCCACCAGCCCUGCAGUCGACACCGAAAAGUUGUGCAACCUCGAUAUCGAGGCAGCGCUCUUCCCCCACGGCUCGCCUUCGGACGGGGACGCUUUCUCUCCGUCAGCUUUCAAAAACCUCCAAAUGAACGCCAUGGGCGUCCUUACGAAGAUGCAGACAGCCUUUCGAGAACAGACCGUGGUCCUCCGCGAGCUACAAGCCGAGCAGUCCGCGCAGAAAGACGAACUAGAAGAAGCCGAGACGCGUGCGCGGCACCUCAAAAUGCAGCUCGAAGACAUGGCACGCAAGGCCCAGGAACACGAGCAAACGAUCAAGUUGCUUAUGGAGGAGCUAGCGGCGGAAAGGAAAGCAAGGGCGGAGGAACAGCUCGCUGCUGCUGCUCGUCCUCCUCCUGUCCCGCCUUCCGAACGGGCAUCGAUGAUUUCGGAGGAUCUGGGGGUGGAUGAUGACCAGCGGCAGAGGAGGAUGAGCCACAGGAAGAGCUGGAAGAGUAGCCCGUCGUGCGAGGAAGAUACCGACGAGGACGAAAACGCGAGCGCUGAGAGCGAGAGCGUGUUCUCAAGGUGCCGGAGUCCCGGACUGCAUUUGCCUGAUGGUCCUGGGACACCCCAUGCAAGGAACCCUACCGGUGGAUCAGUGAAUGUCACUCCAAAGCAGAAGUCUGGACAGCAGCUGAGUGCUUUUCAGAAGAUCUUUAAGGGGAUCUCGGGCGACUCUGGGGAGAAUUCAGGGGCGAAUGGGUGUGCGAAUUGCAGAGGACAGGAUGCUAGCGUCGCCUGGAACACCGUCAGUUUACUCAGAGACGAGAACAGGCAUCUCAAGACAAGAGUUGGAGAGCUGGAAGUUGCUGUAGAGGGGGCCCUAGACUUGGUGAACGGCAUUUGGUUAUGAGUUGCUCAGCCUGGCCGGAUCCGCGCGGCCCCCCCCCAACCCCCCCCAACCAAACUAGAGUUGUAUAUGGUGUUCGGACAUAUGGCGUUAUAUAGCGACGCACUGGCUGGUUUCUAGCCCACGCUCUUGCAUUGUAUUUGCAUCAAUGGCUACCUUGCGACAUAGAUCGGGUUUCCCCGAAUGGAUUUCGGUACUCAUUUGGAUAAAGGUUAAUGGACACAACAGAUAAGCUGCAUCCAUGGCAAGCUCGCCAGUGUUUACCGGUGCCUUUGGCCCAAAAGCUCAUUCUGCUCUUGUCUAAAGCAUUACACUCGGUACAAGCCGU